UUACGAGGCAUUUUAUACCACAUUGUGAAAAAGCUUAACUCAGUUUAAUUUUAAGCAAAAAUUAGAAAAAUGGCUCGUUUCUCUGUCCACGCCCAUGCGUUGCUCAUUUUAGGCUGUUGGAUUACUUUUUCCUCUGGCGCUGUCCCUCUUUCCUUGGAAGGCAAACUGCACGAAUUAGAAGUGAGGUUGAAAACGAAUGCAAACGAACAGGACAAGAUAAACAUUCUCCUAGUUAACAAAGUAAAUGAACUUGAAGAAAAGGUAAAACAGCUGGAGGCCCAACUCGAACAACAUAAUGAAAUAAAACAAGAUUUAAAACUGAAAGUAACACAAUUGGAGGCCAAAAAUGUUCAGUUGGAAUACAAAGUACGAAAGCAGGAAACGACAAUAACUUCUGGGGGUAAGAGCGGAAUCAUGAGAACAUGCCAAGAACUCCAUGACACUGAUCCAUCACUUCCAUCCGGAAUGUAUUCGAUCGACCCGGAUGGUGACGGCGUCGGCAAUAGCCCAAUCUACGUUUACUGCAACAUGACGUCAGGAUCGACCGUAAUUUUGCAUGAUAGUGAAUCUUCCGUCAACGUGGGUCACUGCACCGAUCCUGGAUGUUAUUCACGAUCGAUCAACUACAACGCGUCAAUGGGACAAAUAAGAGCUUUGGUCAAAUUAUCAGCUGAAUGUCAUCAAUCAAUUAAAUACGAAUGCUAUUACGCUCCAUUUGAAUUCGGCAACACGGUUUACGCCUGGUGGAACGACAGGAAUGGAAAUCCGCAAUAUUUUUGGGCCGGGAAUAACAUGGACGGAAUUCACACCUGUCAGUGCGGAAUCAGUGGGAACUGUGCCGACAAUUCAUUAAAGUGCAACUGCGACACAGCGGCGCCAGUUCAGUUAGUCGACGACGGUGUCAUUACGGAUAAAAAUAUUCUGCCCAUCACUAGUCUGAAUUUUGGUCGAACUCAACUAGAAACGUCGUCCGGCGUCCACACGCUGGGCAGAUUCGAGUGCUCUGGAACAGUACCUGACUUUGUAUUCCCAACGUCGUGUGAGGAUUUGUGGUUGGUUGGCCACACCCUGAAUGGAUUGUAUUUCGUCAUGGGAUCUACGAUGAUGGAAUCCGUUUAUUGCGAUUUUACUAAGCUUCCCGACGAUGCCGGUUUUCAAAAAUGGAUCGGAUACGCGGACGUCAAAUCAGCGCCCGUCCACUUCUAUGUCCAAAGAAAUUCUUCAUUCACUGGUGGUGCUAUUCCGAUUCCGUUCGAUUUGGAGCGGCUGAACGUCGGAAACGCCUUUAAUUUGACAUCAGGAAUAUUCACGGCACCUCGAUCGGGGACUUAUUUCUUCUCUUUCAUGGGAUCGGCGAGAUUUCCAUCUUCACCGUCUGUUUGGUUAGGAGUUGGCAUUUACUGGAACGAUAGGCAAAGCGGGAUGGCAUGGGUUGAAGAUGUAAAUACUCCCUCUCGUCGAAUUACUACAGUGAGCCUUCAGUCGACGCUCAACUUGAAAAAGGGCGAUCAAAUCUGGCUGAAGGUUUCCGACAUGUCCGGAGAUCUGCCUCUGUUUGACGACGAUCACCACCACACUCAUUUCACCGGUUUCAUGUUGCAGGAGGAUAUUAUCGCCUCCAUUUGAAUUUGUGCGCUGAGAAACCAUCAACGAAAAUAAAAAUAUUCUUAUAAAGAUUAUCGACUCGAAAUACAUUUUCUUGAUUAGAUUUAUUAAAGGGAAAAAAUUCUUCUAUGGAAAUGUAAAUUCUUUUAUAUAAACGUUUUACUGUGUAGUAUAGAGUUAGAAACAAUGACACGUAAAUAAGUUACGAGUUUAUUGAGUUUACAAUAAAUUGUUAUCUCCAAU